AUGAGAUCUGCCAUCAAGAAAUUAUUGCCCUUAGUUUAAUUAACCAAGACCAUGCCCAAGUACUCCUUGGUCACUGUCAAUGCUAAGAAUAGCAUGAAAAUCAAGCAAUUCUAGAGCUAAUAUCUCCUUACUCACACUAGCAAGGCUAAUUUCGCAAUUAAGACUAUCAAUGUUCCUUCUAUGGGUGACUCCAUCACUGAAGGUCAAGUUCACUAAAUGUUGAAGAAGGUUGGUGAUUAUGUUGAAUUAGACGAAGUCGUUUGCAGCGUCGAAACCGACAAGACCCAAGUACCAAUUCGUUCUCCUGAAGCUGGUGUUAUCACUGAAUUAUUUGCCUAAGAAGGUGAAAACGUUAAUGUAGGAAAGCCCUUCUUUGUCCUUGAUACUGAUGGUAAAAAGCCUGAAGGUGCUGCUAAGCCAGCUGCUGCCGCUGCUGGAGCUAAAAAGGAAGAAGCUCCUAAGAAAGCUGAAGCUGCUAAGCCUGCUGCCUCCACCCCUGCUCCUGAAGCUGCUAAAAAGACUGAAGCCCCUAAGGCUGCUUCCUCUUCUGCUGCUUCCCAAAAACCCACUCAAAUGGCUAUCCAAUGGGGAGAAAAGAAUAGAACUGAAACUAGACAACCCUUAUCCAAGAUGAGACAAAGAAUCGGUUAAAGACUUAAAGACUCUUAGAAUACAUACGCUUUACUUCCUACUUUCAACGAAGUUGAUAUGAGCAACGUCAUGGAAAUAAGAAAUAAAUACUAAGAACAAUUCCAAAAGAAACACAACGUUAAGCUUGGUUUCAUGUCUUUCUUCGUUAAGGCUGCUACUGCUGCUCUCCAAUAAUAACCUAUCGUUAAUGCAGUUAUUGAUGGAAAGGAAAUUGUUUAUAGAAACUACGUUGAUAUUUCAGUUGCCGUUGCCACCCCUACUGGUUUAAUGGUUCCCGUUCUUAGAAAUACCGAAAAUAUGUCUUUUGCUGACGUUGAAAGGGAAAUUAUCCGUUUAGGAAAUAAAGGUAAGGAAGGAUCCAUUACCGUUGAAGAUAUGGUCGGUGGUACUUUCACUAUUUCUAAUGGUGGUACUUACGGUUCUUUGUUCGGUAUGCCCAUCUUGAACCCUCCUCAAUCAGCUAUUUUGGGUAUGCACGCUGUCUAAAACAGACCCGUUGUUAGAGGUGACCAAAUCGUUGCUAGACCUAUGAUGUACUUAGCUUUAACUUAUGAUCACAGACUUAUUGACGGUAGAGAGGCUGUUACCUUCUUAAAAACUAUCAAGGAAAUAGUCGAAGAACCCUCUAAGCUGUUAUUUGAAAUUUGA